GACAUGUUUACCCAAGAAGCAUCUAGAGUAGAUGUUGAUGAAAUAAAAUAUGCAUGUGAUGCAUUACAUCGAGCCAACCAAAACAUUACAAUGGAAGGGCUUAAUGUAGAAAAGCUGUACGGAUUGGCUAGUGCUAGAAUGGGCCUGGCUAUUACAGCAAGAUGUGUGGCCGGAAUUGUCAUGAAUAAUAUAGAUCCAAGACAUGUUGAUAGAAGGGUUAGAAAACUUAUAGAGGCUGCUCAAAUACUGUAUGAUGAAACACACGUGAAUUGGACAAGGAUAUACCUGGUGAAGCACCUAUGUAGAUGUUAUGGUAUUGAUGUGUAUCAGUCAAUUUGUCAAAAUGCAGCACCAUUCCUUAGAUGGAUCAGUAUGAGAGAUACAAACAGAGAUCAGGUUGUGGAAGUAUCUGAUAGAUAUAUUGUAUGUGGAGAUAAUUAUACAAGAAUCAGAGAGGCUAUAACAAAGGUUAUCCUUGGUGAAAAUGUUGAACAUCUUUUUGAAACUGUACAGGAGCUUCAAGCUACAGGAGUUAGAGUAGAACCGAUGUUACAGCUUGCUGUACAUAGAGAAAUUACAAGUUCAUAUCUGUACCCUCAACAACAGAGGAAACUGAAGGCACCGGUUAUGGAAACAUUGAAUACGUUUGUGCAAGAUUGUAAUGCAGUGAAAAAUAAGGUCUUCAUGCAGAAGCUUAUAACAAACCAGCUUGUACCAAGACACCUUGUGACUGUUGAAGGGGAAGAUUUACGCCUACAAGGAAUACAGUGCCUAAUAGUUCACUAUCUAUCUGUAAUGAUGUAUGUGAAAGGGGACAGAACUCUGCUUCAACCUUUACAA